CAUUCCCUUGCAGCACAACAUUAUUAGCUCCUACCAUGUUCCUCUCCUGAAAACUUGCCUCGUCUCUGCGCCGGCUCCUACAACUCUGCUUCUCACUUCACCAUCUGUGUGUUCAUCCAUUCUUAUGCUCAUUGGUUGUUUCUACCUCUGAUCCGGAAUACUUUCAAUUGCUCGUCCAUCGAUUAUUCAGAUUUUUCAUCCGUCACUGUGUCAAGAAACAAUUCCAGUGCUAUCUUCAUUUAUUCAGACCAAAAAAUAAACCCCGCAACCUAAUGGAAGUGGCGUUAGCUAGCACUGCGUUAAGCGUUAGCUUAAAAUUGGCCGCAUCACCGGUCUUGAAGAAGCUUCUUACUGAUGCUUCAUUGUAUCUUGGAGUGGACAUGGCGCGUGAGCUCCAUGAACUGGAGACCACUAUUUUGCCACAGUUCGAGCUCGUGAUUGAAGCAGCAGACAAGGGAAACCAUAGACCCAAGUUGGACAAAUGGCUCCAGGAACUCAAAGAAGCAUUCUAUCUGGCCGAAGACUUGCUGGAUGACCAUGAGUACAACCUCCUCAAGCUCAGAGCAAAGGGGAAAGAUUCCUUGCUGGCCAAUGCCUCCUCAAUCAGCAACACUUUGAUGAAGCCUCUGCGUGCUGCAUCAAGCAGGCUCUCCAAUCUGAGCUCUGAGAACAGAAAGCUACUUCACCACCUGAAUGAACUAAAGGCUACCCUGGCGAAAGCCAAGGACUUCCGUCAACUUCUCUGCUUACCAGUUGGUUAUAGUGCAGAGAGCUCCAGCAUAUCAUCAACUAUUGUUCCUGAGACUACAUCACUGCCACCUUUGAAGGUGAUUGGUCGUGGCGAGGACCGCGAUCAUAUAAUAGAGU